GACUCGAGAGUAUUUUGACUAAACAGCAAUUUGUUUGUGAAGGAGAUGGAUCGAAUUUAAAAUCAAAAUUUCAGGUCUGAGCGGGAAACCAAAAUCCCAUCCCGCCUUCAAGUUUUCUCAUGUCUUGUAAUCUCUCUUAUCAGUAAUCAAUUAAUGGCCAGAACCAAGCAUUUCGCUUCCAGGACACGAGAUCGGAAUCGAACUGAUGCCACUGCUUCAUCCUCGGCGGCGGCAGGUCCGAGUACGACCCCGACGAGAAGAGGCAAUGUAGGAGAAGGUGGAGAAAAUGCUCAACAAUCAGCUCCUACAACAACUUCACCGGCUACGGGUAGAAAAAAAGGGGCUAAGAGAACCAACCAGGCUAUGCCACAAAGUUCAACAAAGAAGCCUUACCGAUACAAGCCAGGAACUGUUGCUCUCAGAGAGAUUCGCCAAUUCCAGAAGAGCACAAAGCUUCUUAUUCCAGCUGCUAGUUUUAUUAGAGAAGUGAGAAGCAUAACCCAUAGGUUGGCUCCGCCGGAAGUUACUCGUUGGACAGCUGAAGCUCUUGUGGCUCUUCAAGAGGCUGCAGAAGAUUACUUGGUUGGUUUGUUCUCAGAUUCAAUGCUCUGUGCUAUCCAUGCAAGACGUGUUACUCUAAUGAGAAAAGAUUUUGAGCUUGCACGCCGGCUUGGAGGAAAAGGCAGACCAUGGUGAUAGAAACUCACCCACUAUUCACAUCUCUUACAUUGUAAGUGAGGAUCGACUAGGUAGCCGCAAAAUGUAUCGCAGGUUGUAUCAAGAUUAUUCUUUACUCUUUUUUGUCUUGUUAUGGAUGUCCUCUUCUUUUUCUCUGACUAUCAUUAUCUGACCAACACUUAAACAUAACUGCAAACCCAAAUUAAA